AUGGAAAGUGUCAUUGAUGGUAAGACAUCUCCGGCUUACACCAGAAGAUGCCUAGGGUGUAAUAUGAUAUAUCGGUACCAGGAAUGGCAGGAUGGUCUCCACAGUUUUGAUGAUCAUGUGCUUCUGAGUCUCGAGCUUUGUCUAUAUCUAAGACACAGUUUACAGAACCACAUAUCAGUUUCCAGGGCUAUAGACACUUUGGAGGGCCUCCGGGGAGUAAAAUACCCCAACAGAGACACCAUACUCCAUGGGUACUGUCAUUUCGAAGCCUUGACAGAUACUGACUACAUCUAUUCUUGUGUUAACUGCGGUUACCAUCCCCCUGAGGUUAUUAUGGAUUUGCACAAGAAGGGUGUUUUUAGCAUGUCAGUGAGUGACCUCAAAGAGCCUCCACCUGAGUUUAGAGGGGAAGUUGACAUUGAGGAUUUCUGGAAAUCAGUCAAUCUUGAGAUGAUUGGUCGAGGAUUUGUUCCCAGCCAGACCAAAAAUCCAUUUGCUGUGCAACCUAGUUAUUCAAGGUGGGCUCCAUGGAUAGGACACAAAACUAGGAUGGAUCACACUGUACUGAACACAGAAUUUGCAAAAGUUACAACAGCAAAGGUCACGUCAGCUGAAGCGCAAAUGAUGAAUGUGUCAGAAGACCGUCUCGUGGAUGAGCUGAUGAAGCAGAAGGUUGGUGUUGUCAGAAAACUCUGCAAGGCCUGCAAUAUUGACUCUAAAGGUUCUCGCAUGGAUCUCAUUUCAAGAUUGCGAGCAGAGAUGCAGAACAGACAGUCCUAUGACAAAAUGUUCCAGAAAAUUUGGGGAGCGUCAGGUGUUUGGUCAGUCAUCCUAUGCCCACAUGGUGUGGUGUAUAGCAUAAAGUUUAAUUUGAGAGCAGAGAGUCCCAGGGAUUUUGCGCACCUGCUGUUGUCAUGGAAGCACAUUCCUAAUGUUAGUAUAUAUGAUUUUGCACGAGGCUUGGCCACGCAUGGUAAUUUGCGUGUACCUACAGAUAUCCCGUUUCAUCCACACGAAGGGAGACUUGCUGAGCCAACACCAGAAAGCAUCAGUUCAGCAAAGCAGGGCAAACUGAAGGUGUCUCUUCCUUGGCUGUUUGAGAAAACAGACAAUUCAAGUUCCAAAGGCCAUCCCAUAACUGGAUCAUCCGAGCACUACGUGUUGUAUGACAAAUUACAUGAAUCAAACACGAAAGACCCCCAGGAUGUACUCAGAAGAAUUAGCCUGGUCCCAGAGCUACAGGGUUGGCUGAAUAGUCAAAUUGCAGAGCAGUUUUUUGCAAGCUUGCGAAAAAACAACUAUUUCCUCAACAACAUGGCACCUUCAACGCACAUCUUCAUUAUGUGCAACAUUGUUCAUCACAAGAACACUUCCACAAACCAAAAGCUUCUGGAAGUACAGCUGCAACGUGGUCACAGACCUCAUGGUCUUGAAAAUAUCACCCUUUCUGACUUAGGACAAGCAAUUCUAGCCCAACAAGCCAGUGACAGAGAAACUGUUCAGCACCAUCCACAUCAGUUAAACCAGAAAGACUUUGGUGAC